UAUUAUUUAAGGUUGUGUAAGCACGAAGGAGCUCCCCCGCCGUCGGCUGCAGUUGGUUUGUUCCUACGUGGCGUAAAGUUUCCUUCCGUGUGAACCGCAGUGUGAGCUUGACAAGAAGAGGAGAGGCGAAGUGUUAACAUGGCAGACAUGGAGACUGAGACCCCCACACCCAUGCCAGAAGAAGAGGAGCCUCUUUUUAGCAACCUGGACCUCUUCCUCUUUACAUUAAUCAUUGGCCUCUUCAUUUAUUGGUUCAUGUCCCGUAAGAAGCCUGAUCCCAUACCUGAAUUCAAGAAGCUCGAAACCGCAUCAACACCCACCACAAGGGAUACAAGUUUUAUUGAGAAAAUGAAGAAAACGGGCAAGAACGUCAUUGUGUUCUACGGCUCGCAGACGGGCACAGCGGAGGAAUUUGCCAACAGACUGUCCAAAGAUGCUCAGCGCUAUGGCAUGAAAGGAAUGGCUGCUGAUCCAGAGGAGUAUGAAAUGGCGGAACUGUCACGUUUGGGUGAGAUUGAAAACUCCCUGGCCAUAUUUUGCAUGGCCACCUAUGGCGAAGGAGACCCAACAGAUAAUGCCCAGGACUUAUACGACUGGCUGCAGGAAAAUGAUGACGAAGACUUCUCUGGGCUUAACUACACCGUAUUCGGUUUGGGCAAUAAGACAUAUGAGCACUACAAUGCCAUGGGAAAAUAUGUGGAUAAAAGACUUGAAGAACUGGGAGCCAAGCGCAUCUUUGACCUUGGUUUAGGAGACGAUGAUGGCAAUGUGGAGGAGGACUUCAUUUCAUGGAGAGAGCAGUUCUGGCCGGCAGUCUGUGAGCACUUCGGAGUGGAACCCUUAGGAGAUGAUUCAAGCAUACGUCAGUACGAGCUGAAAGAGUACCCUGACAUCAACGCAAGCAAAGUGUACACAGGGGAGAUCGGUCGUCUGAAGAGUUUUGAGGUUCAGAAACCUCCCUUCGAUUCGAAAAACCCUUUUCUGGCCUCAGUCACCGUCAAUCGCAGACUCAACAAAGCUGGUGACAGACAUCUCAUGCAUCUGGAACUGGACAUAACAGGCUCCAAGAUCAGAUACGAGUCAGGAGACCAUGUAGCUGUUUUCCCUACAAAUGACACAGCACUGGUAAACAAGCUGGGAAAAAUCCUUGAAGUGGACCUUGAUGUGGUUAUCUCUCUCAACAACCUUGAUGAUGAGUCUAACAAGAAACACCCUUUCCCCUGUCCCACCACCUACCGCACUGCGCUCACUCAUUACUUGGAUAUCACACACCCUCCACGCACCAACGUCCUCUACGAGAUGGCACAAUAUGCUUCUGACCCCAAAGACCAGGAGAACAUGCGUAAGAUGGCAUCCUCCUCCCCCGAGGGCAAGGCACUUUACCAGAAUUGGGUGCUGGACGCCAGUAGAAACAUCCUUGCCAUCCUGGAAGAUAUGCCUUCUUUGCGGCCUCCCAUCGAUCAUCUGUGUGAACUGCUGCCUCGUCUCCAGGCUCGCUAUUACUCCAUUGCCUCCUCCUCAAAGGUUCACCCAAACAGCAUCCACAUUUGUGCCGUAGUGGUGGAGUAUAAGACCAAGACAGGCCGCACUAACAAAGGAGUUGCCACCACCUGGCUGAAGAAUAAACAGAUCACUGACAACGGCCACAAAUCCACUGUUCCCAUGUUCAUCCGUAAAUCUCAGUUCCGCCUACCCUUCAAAGCCACCAACCCUGUCAUCAUGAUUGGUCCUGGGACUGGAAUCGCUCCCUUCAUGGGCUUCAUCCAGGAGAGGGCCUGGCUCAAGGAGCAAGCAAAGGAGGUUGGAGAGACGGUGAUGUUUUUUGGCUGCAGGCAUAAGAAUGAGGAUUAUCUGUACCAGGAGGAGCUGGAGGAAGCAGAGAAGACUGGAGUCCUAACACAGCUCAACGUCGCCUUCUCCAGGGAUCAGGAGCACAAAGUUUACGUGCAGCAUCUCUUGAAGAAAAGCAAGGAGCACCUUUGGAAGUUGAUUCAUACAAACAACGCUCACAUCUACAUCUGCGGGGAUGCAAGGAACAUGGCUAGAGAUGUGCAGACAGCCUUCUAUGAGAUCGCAGAAGAAAUGGGAGGCAUGACACGCACCCAGUCCACAGAUUACGUCAAAAAAUUGAUGGCCAAGGGACGCUACUCACAAGACGUGUGGAGUUAAAGAGCCUUUAAUGGCCUCUUUCUGACUUGCUCAAGUGGGGUUCUUUUUUUCUUUUUUUACUGUAUGUCUGUUGUAUACACACACAAACACACUUUGGUUCAUGAAAGCCACAGGUAGCAGAAUACCAUCAGGCAAACCCUACCUCAGCAGCAGGUUGUUAUAAAUCCAUUGGGCAAUUUCAAUCUGUAUUUUUCUGUUUACCACACCACCAUAAUGUUUGUUAGAGUCCUUGCUUGAGCCAUAGUCACAGACCAAACUACAAUAACCCAAAAUGGAGGUGCUUGUGAAUUAGUGAAUAAGUGUAAUUGGCUGUUCGAUGAACACUCUGGGCCUUCCAAUCAUAUGUGGAAACCUCUGCUGGCUUGAGUGAAAUCACGACAAUUGGCACUGUCGUUUCAGAUUACGUUUAGAUUCGACACCUUUUUCGUAUGAGCCAGUACAUAACUUAAUUCCACUGUGAACACGACAAUUUUAACAGAAAAAUUCUAAUGCUUGUUCAGUUUGCCGUCAUGAAGCGUUCAUGACUUUCAUUAUCAUAACGCAUCUAGAUGAAUACGAGUGUUGUCUGCUCCCCUUCCUGCAGUCUCAGCAUUCGUUACUUAUCCUCAAGAGAUUAUCUAGCCCUACUUUUAUCAUCUUAAAAAUACAGUUUUAAAAACUUUGUGAAAGGCAAAGUAUUUGCUACGACAGCCUGACAUCAUUGGUACAUUUUUAUCUCGACGUUUGUUUUUUGACAAGGGAUCUUACCUUAUAUGCACAAGUUGCUGUUUGUUUUUAUUGAUAGCGGUAACCUACACUUGCAAAGGGAACACCAUUUAUAGAAGAAAAAGAAAAUUAUGAUUAACAUUUGUCAUCUUUCAAAUAAACCCUGCCAUUAAACAUAAUGCACAUGAAUUUGUAGGAACCUGUGUUGUUGUAAAGUGUUUGAACAUUUGAAUUGAAACCAGAUCUAACCUCCUCAAUAAUAAUAGUUUAUUGCCUUCACCAAGAGAGUGGUGUUUUUAUCCGUUUCUUUGAGAAGUGAGCAGCAUAACUCAAAACGACGUGAAUGGAUUUUGAGGUCAUUUUGGGCGAUGUAUGAAGAAAAUGUUCUCUCUGAGUGCUUUAUCUAGUUUUAUGUGCUUCUGAUGGGCAACAGAGAGAUGAGCAUUGGUUUCACAGCUGGCUGGCAUUAUUUGUACUUUAAUAUUAUUAUGAUUUGACCAAUCACUUAUGCAUCACUACAUGGAAAGGAUGACCAACCAUAUCAAACUGCCUGGCGUUUGGUGAGGUCAGUCAAACAGUUUAACUGCAGCCUGUGCCUUUACUCUACACUGCCUUACUUACAUACAUAUAUACAUAUAUAUAUAUAUAUAUAUAUAUAUAUAUAUAUAUAUAUAUAUAAUUAAUCAUUGAAACCAUGUAGCUUCAGUCUUCUUUAUAAAUGUAUUUUUUUUGUGCUCAACUGUUUCUGAUCUCAAAAAAAUAAUAAUUUCUAUUUGACCAGUGAUGUCCUUUUAUGUCAUUCCACGUUACGAUGUAAUUAUUUGAUUGCAUGAAAGCGUGCUUUUUUUAAUGAAUAAAAUUGCAUUGUUUUCUUCA